GUGGUAGUCUGGAUCCGAGUGCAGAACUACAUUUCCCAGCGGGCUCCGGGUUCAGGGGUCUCUCUCCCUUGGCCGGGCGUACGAAGUCACCACCUUCGCGGGGCUGCUUUUCAAAAAAUGUCCAACAAAGAAUCUUGUGGAGAAGGAGAGACGUCUCAGAGAAAAGGCACCACCUCAUUACCCAACUUUGAUGAAGAAGUGUUGGAAAGAGGACCUGGGAAGGUGGCCCUAGAGUACUCUGCUGUCCUUGACGAUAAGAAAGAGAAAAAAACCUCAGCAAGUUCUACCAGUUCAGCUUGUUCUAUAAGAUCCGUUUCAUCAAAGAAGAGAAAACUGAAAUCAGAAGAUGCAGACAUUCUGUACUAUAAUGUAAAAAGAACACAAGAACUAAAAAGGCUGAAUAUAGACACUGAGACUCCAAGAAAGAGACCAAAAGUCUAUUCUUCACCCCAGGGACCUAUUAAUCUUCAAGAAGCAUCAUAUUCAAAUGAUAAUCAAAUCAUUCCACAGAGUUCUCCUUCAAAUGGAACUAAAGAAGCCAUGAGUAAAUGUGUAGAUUUGAAAGAUAUCAAAUUGACAAAUGUUAGGCGUACACUUGACCAUGGAAUUAAAUACCUUAGCAGUUCUAAGAUUCCCAAAGAUAUGAAACCUAAAGCUGAAAGCCACGCAAGUGACAAAAAAUGUCCUCAUUCCCUUGCUCAGAGAGAGAAGAUGAAGGAACUCAAAAAAGGAAGGCACAGUAAGUCUAGAGACAAUUCUGAAAAAUGUGUUUUGGAAAAAUGCAAGAGAAUCCAACUUUUUCAGGAUUGUAAUUCCAACACAAUAGUCAAGGAGCCCUUCGAAUCUAGAAGGAAGAUCAGUUUCAAAAUUCCAAUAAAAUCCCGUGAUAUUCAUCAAAAGCUUGUAGAAGAAAAUGUCUUCAGUUUAAACUCUAACAAGUCAAAGACUAAGCAGAAGAAAAAAGAAUGCCUGGAAAGCACUCAGGUUUCAUUAAAUUUGACGAGGCACAAAAGUAAACAUUUAUCUUCAGAUUCCACAUAUAAGCAAAGUGUUCGUGAAUGGAAAGGAAAAUACCAUGAGCAUCAAGAAAGUAAUGAUUCAAGUUCUGGUGAAAACCCAACCCAGAGUUUUGAAGCACCAAGUUCUUCAGUGUCACUUGAAAGUAUUCAAGAUACAGAUCAAGAGAUGCAGAUAGUAGAAGAGCUUCAUGCUGCCCGUGUGGGAAAAAGUGUGGAUUUGCCUGUGGUUCCACCUCCUGGAGAGCUAACGAGUAUGGAGAUUGAUUUGGUGGAAGAUGAUGGACGUUCCUCUGCUGCAAAUACUGCUUCAGACAAAAAGCUUCUAAUUGUCAUUGACACAAAUAUUCUGAUGAAUCAUCUCAAAUUUGUUAGACUUUUAAAGACAACAGAAAUUCCAGGCUUUGACGGACUUGUGUUAAUAAUUCCCUGGGUGGUUGUGCAAGAGCUAGAUCGUAUGAAGGCCGGAAAGCUACUCAAAUAUGCUCAGAGCAAAGCUAUACUUGCGGUUCAUUUCAUCAAUGACAGUCUCAAAAGUCAAGAUAGAAAGCUGUGGGGUCAAUCGAUACAACUUGCAUCUCAAAAACUUUAUGGAUUGAGUGACGAGAACAAUGAUGAUCGAGUAUUGAAAUGCUGUCUUCAGUAUCAGGAAUUAUUCCCUUGUUCUCUUGUUAUUCUGUGCACGGAUGAUAAAAAUUUAAGAAACAAAGGCCUAAUAAGUGGUGUGAAGUCACUCAGUAAAGAAGAAUUGAGUGCAGAGUUCUUAAACUUAUCUCUGAACACAGAUGUAUGUCACCAGCCUUGUAUAUCUAAGCAACAAUUGAAAGCAGAAUCAACACCUUUGAAAGAGAGCUUUGAGGAAGAAUCUACAAAUUCUGGACUGCCCAUUCUGCUUGAAAGCAUAAUAUCUGAUCUUGAAAAAUCUCUUGGAACAGCUUUAUCUUCAGUAUUAGAAACAGAAAUGAAAAUUGCUUUUGGAAAUCUCUGGAUGGAGAUGCUGUACUUGAAACCACCAUGGACCCUAAUGCAUUUAUUACAGUGCUUUAGAAAACACUGGUUGGCUGUAUUUGGAUUAGUCAUGGAAAAGAACUUGCUUUUAACCGUUGAGAGCUUGUAUGAAAAUCUCUGUAAAGCUAACAAGGCAGUGGAUGUUACAACAGUGAAAUUCCUGCUUCAGGAUUCUCAAAGUCUGUUACAUGCUUUCAGUACAAGGUCAAAUUAUGAUGGUAUUCUUCCCCAGGCCUUUGCUCAAGUAAACAAACUACUGCAAACAUUUACGGAGAUCAAGGCAAAACUUAAUCGAAAUCCUUCUGAAAAUACAGCGGGUAAAAAGCAAGAAGAUACUUCUGCAAUGAAGUCUAAUAACCAAGAAGUCACAAUUUUCUCAGCUUCUCAUCUUUCCCAGCCCAACAGGCAUCAAGAAAUCUGGUCUAUCCUAGAGAAUGUUUGGAUUACAAUAUAUCAAAACAGCACAGAUGUAUUUCAAAGAUUGGGCUCAAAUUCAGCUCUGACUUCUUCAAAAAUAGCAUCAUUUGAAGAAGCAUUUAUAUAUCUUCAAAAGUUAAUGGCAGCUGUGAAGGAUAUUCUUGAAGGAAUUCAGAGGAUUUUGGCCCCCAACAGUAAUUGUCAAGAUGUUGAGACCCUUUAUAACUUCCUAAUCAAGUAUGAGGUAAAUAAAAAUGUCAAGUUUACUGCCCAGGAACUUUAUGAUUGUGUUUCUCAGACUGAGUAUCGGGAAAAGUUAACCAUUGGAUGCCGCCAGCUGGUGGAGAUGGAAUACACCAUGCAGCAGUGCAAUGCCUCUGUCUACAUGGAGGCCAGGAACAGGGGAUGGUGUGACGACACGCUCAACGAUAGGCCUAAGUGCUGAUUUGUAACUUCAAAGGAAUUGCAUUUGUUUUCGGGAACAACAGAGUAGCUGUCAACCCUUUGAGCCAAACCCAAGAGACGUGCAAGCAAUGUCUCAUAGGUAUAAAAAGGUGAUUGCCUACUGCUGACAGACAGCCUCACUGAUUGCCUACUGCUGACAGUCUCACUGAGGUUCUCUAAAAGCCUGGUGCAUUGUGGGAUAUGCCGUGGGCUCCACUGCUCUGAAGUUGACUCCACCUCCCUACUUCUGCCGCCGACGCUGAGCCAGUCUGUCUAAGGAAAGGAGAGCCGCCAGUUUAGUCGUAUUCGGGCAGGAGCCACUGUGGCCUCUGAGGAAGGCACCGCAUUAGCCCCCGCCUCAACCCUCAAUAUCGUUACCUGACCAGAGACACUUCCAGGCUCCAAGAAAGAAUUAGGGCAUGACCGGCCGUGCUCACCACAUUCCGCAAAUGGGACCUUUCCCUGGGCCGUCUUACGAUCUGAGGGUUUUCCAUAUAGACCUGGUGACUAUAAUUCACAUCCCUUCCACUUCCCCCAAGGUGUUGAGAAUGGAGUUUUGACUUCAGCUCCAACUUGCCAUAACAGCCUCUCUCCUCCCCUAGGCUAGUCACUUUCCAAUGUGUUUCUAACGGGCAGAGCAGGGAGACCCCGUGGGAGUUUCCCCUCACCUGUGAAGCAGCUAUGAACUUGCGGGAUUAGAUGGCAGGGACCGAUGUUGGCCCCUAGUUGAACCAAGUGUUUAACUGACUUAUGGGUUAUACAACAAGUUGGAAAUCCUUGUUUACUAGAAUAUAUUAUGCUUUUGUUAAUAGAUUAGAGUAAAUCGAAUUUGGUAUUCUAUUCUAAAUG